AUGCUUCAAAUAUUUCUAAAGCUAUGUCAAUUACAUUAUCGACAUAUAGGAUGUUUCGCCCAUUCCAUUAAUCUUGUUGUUCAACACUCUCUAGAGAAUAUUUCGGUAAUAGUAUCUAAAGUAAAAAAAAUUGUUGAGUUUUUUAAACGUAGUAGUAAUGCAUUAGUAAAACUUAAUUCAACACAAAAUCAAAUGGGUCUACCUACAUUAAAAUUAAAGCAAGACUGUGUGACCAGAUGGAAUUCGACAUAUGAUAUGUUGAAGAGAAUUGUUUCCAUCAAAGAUGCUGUAAUUUCAACUUUAGCUGUGUUACAAACCGAAAUUGCAGUUUUAACUCCAGCUGAAUGGGAUAUAGUUGAAAAGGCCAUUGAUGUACUGCAAAUUUUUAAUGAAGUCACCAUCGAAGUCAGUUCAGAAAAAACAGUGUCUGUGUCAAAGGUAAUUGUUUUAGUUAGUUCUAUGUUCCAGACUAUAGAAACUUAUGUUAAUGACAUUUCUUUGCCGUAUGAAGUAAACCAAAUGGCCAUUUCUCUAAAAAAUCAAUUAAAGAAAAGAUUUAGUGACAGUGAGGAAAAUGAAAUAAUGGCACAAGCCUCGAUUUUAGAUCCGAGGUUUAAAAAAUAUGGCUUUAUGAGUGAUAACAAAUUUAAAAAUGCUUUUUCUCUUUUGAGAUCACGUUUAGGAAAUAUUCGCUUACCAUCAAAUCAAAUAGACAAUGCUGAAAAAACACCUUCCACAUCUACAUCAACUCCAUCUCCAUCUCCUCCAGUAUCUUUGUUGUGGAAAGUCUAUGAAGAAAAAGUAGAACAAUUCAAAGCCACUCAGACAUCAACAGCAUCCGGAAUAAUAGAAUUGGAUAGAUAUAUGAAAGAGCCAUUAUUAGAUCGGCAUGAGGAUUCUUUGAAAUGGUGGCAUGAACGAAAACAUAUAUAUCCUCAUCUACACAAAUUUGUCAUUAAGCGACUCUGUGUGACUGCAACUAGUGUUCCUUGUGAAAGGAUAUUUUCAGAAGCUGGCCAGAUUAUAACUUUGAAGAGAAACCGCUUGGAUACAAAAAAAGCAUCACAACUUAUUUUCCUGCAUAAUAAUUUAUAA